AUACUGGACACAGACAUGAAAGUGACUUGCAUGAGUUCGUUUUUGCAACCGGAUAAACACAUAAGAAGCAAUCGCAGCGCCGAAAUAGGAUGAAUAAAACCAGCCACAUGUUCCGGUGGUGUGUGUUCAUCAGCACUCGCACGCAAGCAGCUCCUCCAAUCCAUCUCCAUCUCUGGGCUAAAAGAUAUGAAGAGAGUUUUAGCCUGAUAGGCCACUCGUACCUGCUGCUCUAACUCCGGGUCACCAUUUUUUGAUGAGUAGAGGGGGCUCCCCGUCUCGGCCCUCCUGCCGGUUGAGGCCAGCAGAGUGAUGAGUGAACGGAGUCAUGCUUGUGAGAUUAGGCUUUGUCGUUGUAGCCUCCGUCGCAGCUUUAACUCUUCAGAGAGCUAACAGUGGGGCCAGGCACAGCAAAGACUAUGUCCAAGCAAGGAAAAGGAAGGAUAAGGCUAACAAUUCUGAACAUGGGGAGAAAGAAGAAGAGAAGGAAGAGGUUAAAACAAUCAGCGGCAUAAUCAACUCAGCCCGCUCGCUAGGCGAUGACGACGAUGAUAUGCUUUCCGAGAUCGAAAGCCUCCUAUCAGGAGACAUUGACAUCCCUAUACCAAGCGAUCGCUUCGACGUUAAUGGACGGUCACGGUACAACAACGCUUACAUGGCUAACGAGGCCUCUGAGAUAGAGAAGCUGCGCAGCCUGGUGAGGGAAAUGGAAGAGAGAGAGGCGAAGCUUGAGGGCGAGCUGCUAGAGUACUAUGGAAUGAAGGAAAUGGAGACUGACAUCGCCGAACUGCAAAAGCAGCUCAAGAUCAAGACAGCGGAGAUCAACAUGCUCAACGACACCAUAAACUCACUGCAGGCGGAGCGGAAGAAGCUGCAAGAUGACGUUGCAUGUGGAGAGGUUGCCAAUAAAGAGCUUGAAGCGGCUAGAGGCAAGAUCAAGGAGCUGCAGCGGCAGAUACAGCUAGAAGCAGGCCAGACAAAGGGUCAGCUGAUGUUGCUGAAACAACAGGUCAUCGGAUUGAAGGCCAAGGAGGAAGAGGCGGGGAAAAAGGAAGCUGAGGUUCAACGGAAGCUGAAGAAGCUCAGGGAGUUGGAAGUGGAGGUACUUGAGCUAAGGAGGAAGAACAAGGAGUUGUUGUAUGAGAAGAGAGAUCUCAUUGUGAAGUUGGAUGCAGCUGAAGGGAAAAUAACUGAGAGUGAUGUAGUUGCCAAUGCAAGAGAAGAGAUAAACAAGCUGAGGCAUACAAAUGAGGACCUCACAAAGCAAGUGGAAGGCCUACAGAUGAACAGGUUCAGUGAAGUAGAGGAGUUGGUAUACCUGCGCUGGGUCAAUGCCUGUCUGAGAUUCGAGCUCCGCAAUUAUCAGACUCCAUCAGGGAAGGUCUCUGCACGUGAUCUUAACAGGACACUGAGCCCCAAAUCACAGGAGAGGGCCAAACAACUGAUGUUGGAGUACGCAGGAUCUGAACGGGGUCAGGGUGACACAGACCUUGAGAGUGUUGUUUCUUCAAUGCCUUCUUCACCUGGAAGCGAAGACUUUGACAACAUGUCAAUUGACAGUUCUUCCAGCAGAUACAGCUUCCUAAGCAAAAGGUCUAAUCUGAUGCAAAAAUUCAAAAGGUGGGGAAGGAGCAAGGAUGACAGCAGUAGUUUAGCCUCCUCCAUCAGUGGCUCUCCAAGGAGGAAACCAAAGGGCCCACUGGAAGCUCUAAUGCUAAAAAACGCUGGAGAUGGUACAGCCAUAACAACAUACGGAAAGAGGGAUCCCAAUGAUGUCUUGGAUGACGAAAAUGUCGCGUCCUCAUUCCAAUUGAUGUCCAAGACAGUUGAAGGUUUUGCUGAUGAGAAGUAUCCUGCUUACAAAGAUAGGCACAAACUUGCAACUGAACGGGAGAAGGCUAUAAAAGAGAAGGCUGGGCAAGCAAGAGCACAAAGGUUUGGUGGUGGCCACAGUUCAGCUCUAAUUUCCUCUCCAAAAGGUGCACUCCCUCCAAAACUUGCUCAAAUUAAGGAGAGAUCCCCUGCAGCUAAUGCUGAAUCCAGUGAGCAAUCCAGUGACAACCAAAACAACACCCUGGUGGUGAGCCAGAUGAAGCUUGCCAACGUUGAGAAGAGAGCAACAAGAGUUCCCAGACCACCUCCCCCUCGAUCAACCGCUGCUUCAGGGGCUACCAGUAUUGCAAGUGGAGUACAAACGCCACGGGCACCAGGUGCACCACCUCCUCCACCACCACCUCCAGGGAAAGUUGGUGGCCCACCGCCACCACCGCCACCUCCAGGUGCUCUACCAAGGAACCUUGGCGGGGGUGACAAGGUACACCGUGCGCCGGAGAUUGUAGAGUUCUAUCAAAGUCUCAUGAAGCGUGAAGCAAAAAGGGAGACAUCUUUAGGGUCAAUAUCAUCCAAUGUAUCUGAUGCCAGAAGUAAUAUGAUUGGAGAGAUUGAGAACAGAUCAACAUUCCUCUUAGCUGUAAAAGCUGAUGUGGAGACACAAGGAGAAUUUGUUGAAUCUCUAGCAAAUGAGGUCCGAGCAGCAAGCUUCAUAAAUAUUGAUGACGUUGUUGCAUUUGUAAAUUGGUUGGAUGAGGAGUUGUCUUUCUUGGUUGAUGAGAGAGCAGUGCUAAAACAUUUUGAUUGGCCAGAGAGCAAAACAGAUGCAAUAAGAGAAGCAGCUUUUGAGUACCAGGAUCUGAUAAAGCUACAGAACAGGGUUUCAACCUUUACCGAUGAUCCACAACUUGCGUGUGAAGAAGCUCUCAAGAAGAUGUAUUCUUUGCUUGAAAAAGUGGAGCAGAGUGUCUAUGCACUACUCCGUACAAGAGACAUGACCGUCUCACGCUACAAGGAGUACGGGAUCCCAUUUGACUGGCUGUCAGAUUCUGGAGUAGUUGGCAAGAUCAAAGUGGCAUCUGUCCAGCUUGCAAACAAGUAUAUGAAGAGGGUUGCCUCAGAACUUGAUGCAUUAGAAGGCACUGAGAAAGAGCCCAAUAGAGAGUUUUUGCUUCUCCAGGGUGUGAGGUUCGCUUUCCGGGUUCAUCAGUUUGCUGGGGGCUUUGAUGCAGAAAGCAUGAAAGCUUUUGAAGAGCUAAGAAGCAAGAUGACCACACAGGCAUCUGCUCCACCAAUAUCUCAAGGCUGAAGCAUAAAUUGAGCACAGGAUUCAGCACACAUCUGGUCUUACUUGCUGGAGAGUGAUUUUUAGUUGUGUAUAUUAAGUGUACAGACUACAGAAGAGAGAUUCAAAUUCCGGUGUUGUGUCAAGCAAGUUGUAUAUGCCAAGAUAAUACAAGUCAGGUUUGUUCAUUUGUAUAACAGUUUUAGCUCAAGCAUAACACUUUUCAUUUUGAAUGUUGUAACUGUAAACAGGCAGUUCCAGAAUCACAGUAGAGAUCAGAUGCAUAGUUUUGCAACUGUUUUUUUUCAGCUGGGCAUGAUUUUGCUACUACGACUAAUAAAAUGUCAAAAAACAUC